CAUUUGUAUCGCUCUUUACGAUUACACUGCUCAAAACGACGAUGAAAUUUCCUUUAAAGAAGACGACAUACUUUAUAUUCUAGAAAACGACGACGAAGAAUGGUGGAAAGCUAAACUAAAGAUCGAAAAAAACGGUGAUGAAAACACUGAAGAAGGCCAGAUCGGACUUGUGCCUAGCAACUACAUCCAGGAGGCCGAAUGUAAAAAUGUUUUGAAAGCUGUUUACGAUUACGAGUCACAGUCUGACGAAGAACUGUCAUUUAAAGAAGACGAUAUAUUAUAUUUAUAUGACAAAGAUGACUCUGACUGGUAUUUGGUUAAAUUCAAUGAUGUAUUUGGUUAUAUACCAGCAAAUUAUGUUGAAGAGACAUCGAUUGAUUCUGAGGAACAAGAACAACAAGAAAAUCAAGAACCAAAGAAAAAAAUGUCUCUAUUUGACGCUUUAUCGAGUUCAUCUGAUAAUAAAUAUGUAGAUCCAUUGCAACUGUAUGCUCGUAAAGUUGCUACUCAAAAAAGUGGCACGUCAUCGGCACCUGAUGUUAAGACAUGGUCUGUUUCGGAGGUUGUUGUUGUUGAUAAGAAAAAAAAGAAAAAGAAGGGUAAACUAAGCAUUGGGGGCGACAGUGUAUAUUAUGCUAGUGAAACAGACAAGACUCCUGUCCAAAUUUGGAAGAUUAGUGAUUUGGAGAGUGUCAAAUAUGAGAAAAAAAAUGUUACAAUAAAAUUUGGUGGUCCAAAAUCUGCGACUUUUAAUUUUCAUACUUCAAGUAAAAGUGAUGCUGAAGCUAUUUAUCGACAAUAUGAGGAGUGCGUUGCAAGUUUAGAGUUACCAUCUGUCAAACUUGAUGCAAGCUCUAUAAAAUCUCCACGACCGUCUUCAGCACACGAUACUGAAGAAACUGAGUCACAACCUGACGCUGAAGAAAAUGAAGCAGAAGAGGUUAAUGAGAUAGAAUUGCCACCACCUAAAGUUGGUAUUGCGUUAUAUGAUUUUGACGCUCAAGGAGACGAUGAAAUCUCAAUUCAAGAAGGCGAUGAAGUAUGGGUUAUCGACGAUGUUAGUAGCGAUGAAUGGUGGAAGUGUCGUAAAGGUGAUGAGGAAGGUAUGGUACCUUCUUCUUAUAUUGAGAUACGAAAUGAAGAUGAUAAUGCUGAUCAAGUUGCUGCCGAAGAGGAACGACAACGCGUGAAGAAAGUGACAGAAAACGAAAAGAAUCAGAAAGACGUUUGUUGGAAGAAAAGAAGCGAAAGGAGGAGUCCGACUCGUCCACCCGCUAAGUCGAAGUCUUCUUCAGACGAAGCUGCCAUUAAGAAAAUCCAAACACCAACAAACCGCAUAUUACCUGAUAGACCUGCCCAAGCCCAGUCAAAAGAUAAACCACUUCCAUCGAACACAAGAACCUGGACAGAUCGGACUGGUUCAUUUCGAGUUGAAGCAGAAUUUCUUCAACUUGUUGACGGCAAAACAACCUUAACAAAUAAAAAUAAAUCGGAAUAUGAUUGGUUUGACUUCUUUCUCAAAGCUGAUAUCACGCAUGACGAUGCGUUCAGAUACGCUAAAGUAUUUAUCAAUGAAAAGAUGGAUGAAAGUUCGAUAAAUAAUUUAGAUCGUAAUGUGAUGAAAGAGCUCGGCUUGAGAGAAGGUGAUAUAAUUCGAGUAACCAAGUAUAUUGCUGAAAAUUAUUCGUCUAUUAAAAAGAAAACCGAACCCGAAAAAUCACAAAAAAUGACAGAGUUUGACAUAAAGAUACAAAUGAAACGUGAUGAACAACUAGCUAGAGAACUUCAAGAGGAAGAAAAUAGGAAAGCACGUAAUGAAGGACGGCCAAUCCCAAAAGAUGCUGACUUGUAUGGUAAAGGGACUCUAGAUUCACUCAUUCAACGAGAUGACAAAACGACAUCAUCGAAAUCUCCACCACUACUUUUUUCUGAAAACAAUGGUGUUUUGAAAAAUAAUACGAAAAAAGCUCGUCCUACCCCCACAAAAACGGCACCAAUACAGGUUGAUGCGAAAACUUUUGGAAAUACUAUGAGCACUAAGGAUCAAUUGGAUGCUGCUUUUAAGCCAUCUUCAAAUUCUUCAAGUUCAUCGUCUUCUACGGCACAGAAAUUUGAUGAUGAUGCUUGGAAUAUUACUGAUUCAACUCCCGCACCUCCUCUAAAUAAUCAAUUAGCUAGUACAAAUAUUUCCACAAAUUUGAAUACUAAUGCUUUGACUUCUUUAAGACCUGCCGUUUCUUCUUAUUCUAUCAAUUCGUCUACAUCACUUCCUGCCCAACCUUCUCAACCUUUAAUACAACAAAAUUUAGCUACCCCAUCUCCCCCUCCCCCGCAACCAAUCGUUGUUCCAUUGAAUUCUGCCCUUCAUCAGCCUUUAAUUCCAGUUAAAUCUGGAAGUUCUCCACAAUUUACCGCGCAAUUUAAUUCAUCAACUCCGAAUUUGAAUACUUUUAACGCACCAACUUCCAAUGCUCUUACUACAGCACAAUUUUCAUCAACUCCAAACUUGAAUUCUCUUAGCGCACCGAUUCCUAAUGCACUUACUUCAAUGCAAUUUUCAUCAACUCCAAAUUUGAAUACUUUUAAUACACCGAAUUCUAAUGCACUUACUACAAUGAACAGUUAUGGAAGGCCAAAUUCGUCCGGGAAUUUUCCAAAUUCAAAUAAUGCAAAUUCAUUAGGAUCUAUUGGGAAUUUCAACAACUUUUCAAAUACGAAUAGCAACUGGAACAACACAAGUGUAUCCAUGUUGCCCACCAAUAAUACUUUAUCAAAUCCUAACCCGGGAUUUGGCUCAACUGGUAUAAAUAAUCAGUAUAUGACAACUACGACAACUGUCCAAUAUCAUCAAACAACCUCGUUCCAUCAACCCAUGCAGAAUCAACAACAAACAAAUUCGUCAAUAUAUGAUCCGAAAAAUGUGUUUGCUUCCAUGAAGGCUGGACAAAUUGGGCCAAAAUCUCCACCAAAUGAUUUAGGCAUUAAUGCAUCGACUGAUAGAUAUGCUGCUUUAAAGCAAGUGAAUCCCCAAGGUCCAAGUGUCUUCAAUAAUACAACAUCUACAUUCCAGGCGCAAACCUCAACUAGCUAUGGUUUAAAUCCAAGUGGAUUCAAUGCUAGUUCUGCAAAUUGGAAUCAAGGCGUUCCUCUUGGACAACAACCUGGUCAAUUUGGACCUAACCAACAGGGAUUUGACAGGUAA